GUACUUCAUCUGCGCUGCUGCAGUGUGUGUGUGCGUGUGUGCGUGAGGCGGUGUGUUUGAGAGAGAGAGAUCCGCUCAGCGGCGGCGGAGCUCAGACAAUAACCGCUGCUUCAUCUACAAAGAUCAUCGUCCCGACUCUUCACCCUGCGUCGUUUCCCGAAAAUAUCACAGAGAAGACUUUCUUUCUUUCCUCGCGAAGCUGGAUCUGUGCCGAUCUCUGCUCCGCUGAUGGAUAAAGGCAGGGAGAGAAGCCAUCUCCAGUGGUGAUGCAUUAUUUAUGAACUCCAGUCCAGAGCUGCACCUCCCACCAACUUGUCAGCUCCUUCUGCCUGUGCGCUCACUUUACACUCCACACUGAGGAGCAGCCAGACAUGGUGGAGGUCUGGAGACACCAGCAGAACCUUGGACAUGUGAGGAGCCUGCUAUCAGGUUGUCAGUGAACAAGUGCUCGCUAAAUUAUUGGAAAACCUGGUGAAGCAGCAGAUGUGCUGAUGAGUGAUGUAGCUAAUAGCAGGAUCUAUCCAUUGUGACCACGACCUGAUGCUGCUGAAAUCCCUCCGUUCAUGAGAAGGCAACAGGAAGCGGAUUACUGGCGGAUUAAACACGUGCACUCAUUUGCACACAGCGCCCAGGAUUUGACUGUCCUCCAACAGUGGAUCUGAAUGAGGCAGCUGCUGCCAUGGAGGACGAGGAGGAACCCACAGAAUCCCAUUGAUCUUUGCUGAACUAGCCCCGCCCACUCCCACGGACUUCCACCAAAGUGAGUUUGUCCGCCAGCGUCUGUCCGAUGAGGCAUCUACAAGAUCAGAGUCUGCUGCUCACGGAGGGCUGUUACCAUGGAUACACCAGCCCAGAACAGUAUUAGCACGAGUCGUUGACUAGCUGUGCAUAAGGAAGAUGGCGAGAGAUUAAACGUACAUCUGCAUAUCCGCUAACAUCUGUGGAGCAGAGAAGCACAUCCUCAUCCACUGUCCAGAGAAAAAUGACCGAGCGAUCAUGGCCAGACAAGACACCCCUCUCUUCAUUCAUGGUUUUGACCUCAGCGGUCAUUUUGUUGACCUCAGACCUCUCGGCCAGGGGGUCACCGGUCUGGUCCUGGCAGCCACGGACCAACGCACGGGUCAACGUGUCGCCAUUAAAAAGCUGGUAAUGCGGGACGCCGUGACGGUGAAGCACGCGCUGAGGGAGGUGAAGAUCACCAGACGGCUACGCCACGAGAACGUGGUCAGAGUGCACGAUGUGUUGGCGCCUUUUGGGCGACCUUUGCCGCAAGACCCUGCCCAGCUGAGCGCCCUAUACAUCAUCCAGGAGUGCAUGGAGACAGAUCUGGCCCGACUGCUGGAGCAGGGACCGCUGUCCACCGGCCACACCACACUGCUGUUCUACCAGCUCCUGAGAGGACUGAAGUUCAUCCACUCAGCCAACGUUCUGCACAGAGAUCUGAAGCCUGCAAACAUUUUCAUCAACACUGAUCAGCUGCUGCUCAAGAUCGGAGACUUCGGUCUGGCUCGAAUAGUGGACCCGCACUACUCACACAAGGGCCACUUGUCAGAGGGUCUGGUGACUAAAUGGUACUGUUCUCCACGCUUGCUUCUCUCACCAAACAACUACACCAAGGCCAUCGACAUGUGGGCAGCAGGAUGCAUAUUAGCUGAAAUGCUAACUGGACGCAUGCUCUUUGCAGGAGCUCAUGAGCUGGAGCAGAUGCAGCUGAUUCUGGACACAGUCCCGGUGUUGAGGGAGGAGGACAGACAGGACUUGCUGCAGGUAAUGCCUUCAUAUAUCAGUCAUGCGUGGAGAGUCAAGAGGCCCUUCUCUGAGUUGCUGCCUGAAGUGGAUGCACAAGCUGUAGAUUUCCUGGAGCAAAUCCUGACCUUUAACCCCAUGGAUCGACUGACAGCCGAAGCAGCAUUGUGCCAUCCGUUCUUCCAGCAGUAUUCGUGUCCAGAAGACGAGCCCACCUCGCUGCAUCCCUUCCACAUCGAGGACGAGCUGGAGGACAGCCUCAUAACAGAGCAUGGCCUCAGCAGCAGCAACAGUCAGGCCUCCAGCAUCCACUGGGACAGUUUGUCCGCAGACUUGUGCUGGCAGCAGUCAGGUGGAAAGUGCCACUGUGUACCAUCAAGAAACAAUACGUCAGACAUGGAAGACGCCACGGAGGAUGAGGAGGUGCAGAGGGACCCCAGGGCCAGUUGUUGCGCUUCAGUGUUGGAGGAAGCUCAGGUCGAUCCAAGGAAGUAUUCCCACAGUAGCUCAGCAGAGCGAUUCUUGGAGAACUCCCAUUCCUCCCUGGACCGGGUUUGCGGCUACGGAUUCGGAGACCUGGACUGCGGCCGCUCCUGUGACUACAAAGUGGGCUCUCCUUCGUACCUAGACAAAAUAGCUUGGCGAGAAGGGAAGCCGCAGCACUACUCAGAGCCCAGGCUGAUUCUGGAUCUGUCCCACUGGAAGCGAAACACCAACAAUCUCGCUGCGCCUGCUGAGCCGCCUGACAGGUGCGUUGAGGAGGUUGGUGACUUGAAGUGUGAGGAGGAAGAUGGGGAGGAAAGUGAGGAUUUAUUUCGGGAGAUCACUCGCUGGGUGGAGAGCACACAACACCGGCUUCACUCGCCCAGCUCCAUUCCCUCUUUGGAGCCUCGUUCACCUUCGUGCUACACCUCAUCUCCCCCUCUCCCUCUCUCCCCUACUGACCUCUCUCAUCCGGUCUUCCACUUCAUGGAGGUUGUGCAGGAGCCGUACACCAGCUAUGAUAAAGAACGUCUGAGCCCAAUUCCUGCUUUGACUUCCUCCAAACCCCCUCCAACACUCCUACCUUCAUCACCUUCUUCCCCACAUCCGCCUCGGUCAGCAUCGCCCCCCAACUCACCUGUCUCACAACCCCCGCCUCUCUCCUCGACUGCCUCUAUUCCUGUGGCAGUCGAUGACCAGUGCCAGGAGUCGCUUCCUGUAAAGCAGAAAGAGCGUCUGUUUGACUUGGACGUGUUCAUUUCUCGGGCACUGAAACUGUGUCGACAAAGUAAGGAAAAAGCAGAUGCGAAAAAGGGAAAAGAAGGAAGUCGGAAGGUGCCCAGACUUCCUGAACACAGGACUCCUUCUCCAAAGACUCCAAACUCUUGAUCCUGAGGUUUAAGUCUUCACAUUUGUAAAGGAAACUGCUGCAUUUUGACAUGAAAUAGAGAAGCACGGUCAGACUUUGCUUUUCUCAAAUUAAACUUGUAAUAAAAGUUGGAGCUAAACAUCCAAAUAUAGUGAAUUUGUAGAUCUUGGUUUGAUUUUCAGAUAGAUUCACGGUAAAUUAUAUACAAGUUCAAAACCUUUUUUAUCUACAGAAUCAGCAGUCUUCCAACACAUAAUCAAAAGUUUUUAUCACCCUGAAUGUACCAACUGAUGAUUCACAAACUAAAUUUCUUUUCCAAGGUGACCUUCAACAUGCCUUGUAAAAUUGUAUAUUUUAUUUAUAUCAACAGUCAGCAUUUAAUUUGUGUCCAAUGACUUAUUAUAUCAUAGUGUAUUGGUUUAAUGUCCAGUGCUGUGUGGCUAUAAUUUAUAUGAGCACAUUACUUUGCUGUCAAAUGAUUCUCUGCUUGAAUAUUUCCUACUGCCUAUUGAACCGAGCGAGGCCACUAUCUGCUGCAUCUCUUUAACAAACUGCUGCAGUCAUCAGCGAUGGACAGAUGUGAAGGACUUCAGCCAAAUAGUAAACACAUGUUUCAUAUCUAUUUAUAGUUUGAGAUAAUUGUUUCAGGGUUACUGUUGAUAUGUGAUUUAAUUUACUUGGAAAAAAUGUAAUUACAUUGUAAUUCAGUAACCAAAACUACUGAGCACAUGUUUCAGUUUCAGAGCUGCAAGAGUUAUUGAGAUAAUAAUAACAAACACAAUGUAAGAGCAGUUCAAUUACCUUUUACUUUGCAUAAACUGACAGCACAAUGAGGUCGUAAAAACUGAAGCCAUAACUCUAACAACGUUUAACACUAAGCCACAGCACACUUGUUUCUAUUUCACUUUAAGCACAUCACUCACAAAAGAAACAACUGGUUCUCUUCAGACACAAUAACAUGGCUCUGUAGUUCAGUCAUUUUCAGGAGCAUAUUUGGAACUUUCAAUUUCAACAACCACGUUUGGUCUAGUUGAUUUGAUGUUUUAGGCAGGUUAUGACAGCAAUAACAUCACAAGCUUAUGUAACGUGGUGACUUUUUCUCAAGUGACAAUGUGCCUCUGUACGACUCAACGCUUCUAUAUUGCUGAAUGUAAAAUUCUUCCUCUCUGCAUGGCUUUGACAACUAUUGUUUUAACUUGGUUGUUUAUAUUGUGACUCACUAAGACCAGAUGAAUACUGUGCGCUAUUAGCUUUUAUAUUCAUUCAUAUGAGGCUAUUUUGGGAUCAGAAUUGGACUAUAGACUGUUUCUCUUGUCCUGGAAAACUAUUAAAAACAAAUUAUGUGCUUUAAAAAUGUGUUGUUGUCGUGAUUA